GGUCGGGGUGUGCAGUAGGACGGACGAGCAGCGCGUCGCUGUCCCCCGGCGGCUGGAGAUGUCCGAGCCCAAGGCAAUUGAUCCCAAGUUGUCGACGACCGACAGGGUGGUGAAAGCUGUCCCAUUUCCUCCAAGUCACCGGCUUACGGCCAAAGAAGUGUUUGAUAACGAUGGGAAACCUCGUGUGGAUAUCUUAAAGGCACAUCUCAUGAAGGAGGGAAGGCUGGAAGAGAAUGUUGCAUUGAGAAUAAUAACAGAGGGGGCUUCAAUUCUUCGACAGGAAAAGAAUUUGCUGGAUAUUGAUGCACCAGUCACAGUUUGUGGGGACAUCCAUGGACAAUUCUUUGACUUGAUGAAACUCUUUGAAGUGGGGGGAUCUCCUGCCAACACUCGCUACCUCUUCUUAGGGGACUAUGUUGACAGAGGGUACUUCAGUAUCGAAUGUGUGCUGUACUUGUGGGCUUUGAAAAUUCUUUACCCCAAAACACUGUUUUUACUUCGUGGAAAUCAUGAAUGUAGACAUCUAACAGAGUAUUUCACAUUUAAACAAGAAUGUAAAAUUAAGUAUUCAGAACACGUAUAUGAUGCCUGCAUGGAUGCCUUUGACUGCCUCCCACUGGCUGCCCUGAUGAACCAGCAGUUCCUAUGUGUCCACGGUGGUUUGUCUCCAGAGAUUAACACUUUAGAUGAUAUCAGAAAAUUAGACCGAUUCAAGGAACCACCUGCUUAUGGACCUAUGUGUGACAUCCUGUGGUCAGACCCCCUGGAGGAUUUUGGAAAUGAGAAGACUCAGGAACAUUUCACUCACAACACAGUCAGGGGGUGUUCAUACUUCUACAGUUACCCGGCUGUAUGUGAAUUCUUACAGCACAAUAACUUGUUAUCUAUACUCCGAGCCCAUGAAGCCCAAGAUGCAGGGUACCGCAUGUACAGGAAAAGCCAAACAACAGGCUUCCCUUCUCUAAUUACAAUUUUUUCAGCACCAAAUUACUUAGAUGUAUACAAUAACAAAGCUGCAGUAUUGAAAUAUGAGAACAAUGUCAUGAAUAUCAGGCAAUUCAACUGUUCUCCUCAUCCAUACUGGCUUCCAAACUUCAUGGAUGUUUUCACCUGGUCCCUGCCAUUUGUUGGGGAGAAAGUGACUGAGAUGCUGGUGAAUGUCCUCAAUAUUUGCUCAGAUGAUGAACUAGGGUCAGAAGAAGAUGGAUUUGAUGGAGCAACAGCCGCAGCCCGGAAGGAGGUGAUAAGGAACAAGAUUCGGGCGAUCGGCAAGAUGGCCAGAGUGUUCUCGGUUCUCAGAGAAGAGAGUGAGAGUGUGCUGACGCUGAAAGGCCUGACGCCCACAGGCAUGCUCCCCAGCGGAGUGCUUUCUGGAGGGAAGCAAACCCUGCAAAGCGCUACUGUUGAGGCUAUUGAGGCUGAUGAAGCUAUCAAAGGAUUUUCACCACAACAUAAGAUCACUAGCUUCGAGGAGGCCAAGGGCUUAGACCGAAUUAACGAGAGGAUGCCGCCUCGCAGAGAUGCCAUGCCCUCCGACGCCAACCUUAACUCCAUCAACAAGGCUCUCGCCUCAGAGACUAACGGCACGGACAGCAAUGGCAGUAAUAGCAGCAAUAUCCAGUGACCACUUCCUGUUCACUUGUUUUUUUCUUUUCUUUUCUUUUUUUUUUUUUUUUUGGUUGAGCUGCAGGGCAUGAUGGGGAUGGCUGCAUAUCAGCAGUUGGAUGUUCUUGCCUCUGAUGGUAGCUUACUUGCUCUGGGGCCAGGAGUUGGAUUCAGUUUACACUAUCAUUAAAAAAGAGGGAGAGAGAUACUAAACUAUAUUUUGGUGGGGGUGGUGAUUAAACACCUCUUUGGGGUAUGCCUUUUAAAAAAUGCUUAUAGGAAAAAAAAAAUUUUUAAAGAAAGCUCAUGCUAGUCUAUACUGCAAUGUUAGGGGAAUGAACAUGUUUUCCUACUGCAUUGGGGACUUCUAGAUAGGUUAAUGAAAGGUCUUUUAUUAUGUUACUGGACACGAAAACUUUGUCUAAUUUCUUACUCUAUUGUACGUUUACAGUCGCAGCACUAAAAAUGGAUGACAUCAAACAUUUUUAACAAAAUGAUGUACAAACUAAAUAAGGACUAUUUAUUGAUAAUGUUUUGCUACUCUUGUCAGACAAUGGCUAUAAAAUGAAUUAGGCAGUCUUAAAAAAAAAAAAAAAAGCAGAAAAAGAAAAAAAAAAGAAUGUUGCAAAUUUGUUCAAUGCCAAAAAGGACAGUUUAAUUUUGUACAGAUUAUGCUUACCUCAGGUUUCUUUAGUGUGCUUGAAUGCCCUUCUUCCCAUAUAACACGUAUCUUAUUACUUUGGCAAUGAGUACCUUUUCUUUAAGUUUUAAAAAACUGGAAUAAUUACAUCUAUCUUAUUUUUGCUGUUUAUAUUUAGGGGUUUUUGUUGAUAAAUCAAGUCUUGGUUGUGGCUUGCUGAAUUAAAUAUUUAUGAGUGGUGCAUUUUUAAGUAUAGUAAACAAGACACCAUAUUAAGUACAGUGAUAAAGCAUCUAUAUUCUGUAAAAAAAAAAAAAAUCUGCCUAUGCAUGUUUUUUAAGAAAAAAAAAAAAUGGCUGUUUCGGCCUCUAUGGGACUGUAAUGCGCUUAGUGGUCUGACAUAUACUGGAAAUGUAUGUAUACUGGCGUCCUUUAUAUUCUCUGAAAUGCUUAAUGCCUUUGAAAUUUUGUAAUCAAAAAAAAGCUUUGAAAAAAUCUAAAGGGGAGAGUAUUCUUAAACGUUUUUAACAUAAGCUUGUCAGUACACACAUAGAUGGUUAGCAUGUUUAGCAAACCUUGUGAAAUUUAAAUAAGUUUGUAGUUACAUGUGAAACUCUAAAUGCAUGGUAACUGUUAAUGUCAUUAACGGUUUAGUUCUUUUGUUCCGUUCUGUCAUGUGCCACCAAAUACGUUCUUUUUUCACCUUUUUUCCCUUUGUAUAUCAGUUACGGGUUACAACUGGUUCAUUCUGAAAACAACAACAAAAAUCCAUUCAUAUUUUUUAACAAUUGUAUAAGUGCCCAAGUAAUUCACUACAGCCUAAAGCCUUGCCUUUGUAAUUUGACUUCUGAAAUGUUGGCAAUCAAAGCAUGCACUUGUAACAAUAACAAAGAAAACAAAAGCAUUUUAUAUUACUACUCAAUAAAAUGUGCAUGAACUUAAAAGAA